AUGUCCUCCAACACGAUCGUCCUCUUAGAUAUCCCAUGCGUCGUCGAGGGUCGCGCCUGGUCACCCAACACAUGGAAGACGCGAUUUGCUUUGAAUUAUAAAGGCCUUCCUUUCACGGUAAAGUGGGUCGAGUACCCCGACAUUGCGCAAGCAUGCAAAGACAUUGGUGCCGAUCCAACCGGUACUCGUGCGGACGGGUCUCCUAGCUACACGCUCCCUGCGAUCUACGAUCCGUCCACUGGUAGGGGCAUAGCAGAGUCUGCCCUUAUUGCACGAUAUCUCGAUAAGACAUAUCCCGACACCCCUAGACUCAUUCCUGCAGAGACAGAUGCGUUUCACGCUGCAUUCCAAGAGGCAUUCUUUCAUUUGAUCCAGUCGAAGAUGAAAAUCAUGUCGUGUCCAACCGCUGCUCAGCUCAACCCACCCAGCGAAGCAUUCUACCGGAAGACCCGAGAGACAAUUUUUGGCAAGCGACUAGAGGAGAUUUCACCAGAGGGAACUGUUCGAGAAACGCAGCUGAAGCAGCUGCAGGAGGGAUUUACCAAGAUCGCAGGAUGGUUCUCUAUGGAUGGAAAUGAUAAAUUGUUCUUCAUGGGGAAUACCAUAAGCCACGCCGACACUAGCGUUGCAGGUUGGUUGAUGUGGAUAAGGCAGAUACUAGGACGGGAUGGACCCGAGUGGACGGCAAUUCAGACGUGGGAUGGUGGAAGGUGGGCAAGGUACAUGCAGUAUUUCGAGAAAUACGAGGUAGCCAGUAUUUGA